AUGAGGUCUCUCGGGGGCAGUCUCCUUCUACCUUUUGCCUUUGGCUCAGGAGAUGUCUAUAAAUGCGUCAAGGUCCCCUCAAUUUUCAGCGAAGCACCGAUCGGAAUGGAUAUCACCACUUCUCCAGAGAUAUUUGAACCAGUCCUCUCGACAUUCUCCGUCCUCUCUACUGACAUUGAAGAGCGAUCACAGCCAGUUGUCAUCAAACAAGAGACCUCUGAAGAUUGCAUCAGCAGUUGCGUCCACUUCCCCGGCUGCCAUGCUUUCGCCUUUCAUUCAGAGAACCCAAAAUUUUGCCAGCUCUCCAUCGGUUCUGGCCUCUCCGAUAAUCCUCGAACGCCCGAGUCGGACUUCUGGCUCGCCGGAACUGGCCACAGACUAAGCGACAUCGAAGUUGAGUUUUUCAACAGAGGCCUAGUCACUGGAAAUCGCCUGAGUUCAGCACCAUGUGGUGAUGCAAAUCCAAAUGCAUUCCGAGAAUUCGAGUUCGAAUUCUCUGCCGUCCUCGAUGUCAAUACUGGCUACUACCAGAAUCUCGACGGCAUCAUGAGCUCCUUGGGCGAGGGAGAAUCAGAUGUAGACUACAAAUUGGAGCAGUGGUACUUAUCGAAACUCAUUGUCGACAAUAAACAAACUUUUACCUCGCGCUAUGGAAGCGCUUCCGCUGAUGGUGAAAAACUGACGAUUUCGAAAAAUUGGUUCACUCGGCAAUCAUCAUCGACCACUGACGACCCCUCGAUCUCUCUAGAAGAAUUCCUGAAAGCAAUGGAGGCUGAUUUCCUUGUCACCCUCGACAGCAUCAAACAAAGGCUGCGUAAACAAGGUUUGUACGUUAUCGCAACCGAUUCUCAACGACCCAGCGGCGGAGAAGUACAAAAUGGACGAAGAAUCUCUUCCUUCGAUCUUAAUUUCGAGGAAGAGUCCUCCGAAAUGAUCGAGCUCACGUGCUCACUCGGCUUUGACAUUGCUAGCGAGGUCACUGGAGAAAGGGGUUACAUGGCCGGAUCCGGCAAAAUUUGCAAACCAGUUCCAGGUGCACCAGGAAACAAACCAUCUAAGAAAAGAUAUCGGAGAAAUGCUUUCAAAACAGCUUACCUUCAGUCUCAAUCAGCAGGUGGAAAUUACAAACAAUGGAAGAAGAAAAACAAAAGCAAAAAGAAGGGAUCAAAAGGGUUCCAGCAGCAGAGAAUGCUUGAAACGACGGAGGAAGAAACAACAACAACGACAUUUCAAUCAACGACAACUUCAACUACCUACACAUCUUCUACCUAUGUGGCUUCUACUGAGGGCGAGCGAGGCUACAAGCAACCAAGCAACUACAACACCCGCCCAACAAGAAAGACAACAACUCGAAAACCAAAGUACACUACAAAGGCUCCUAAGUACACGACCCGACCCUCAAAGCCCGACGGUCCUUACGCGCCUGGCGAGUGGGGAGAAUGGGGAAGUUGCUGCGCCAAAUACGGAGAAGGGCGAAAGGCUCGUUCUCGUGCUUGCUUUUAUCAUGGCAAUUAUGCCACAAUGAAAACGAGCAACAAGUACUGUGAGCCUAAAAUCAUGGUCGAGGAAAUGGCCUGUUUCGGUAAAAUUCCGCCACAGUACUCAACCAAGCCGACGAAAACGCCUUAUCAGAAACCAACUUCGCAAUCGAAAUGGAUGAAUUGGGAAGAGUGGUCCAAGUGCUCAGCUACUUGCGGAAAAGGAAAUCAGAUCAGAACUCGACGAUGCAAGUAUAAUAAUCUCUACCAAAAAUGCGUUGGCGAAUCUUCCGAUACUCGAAAGUGCCGGGCCGAUAAAGACUGCUACGGUAGUUAUUACGGCACAACCACUGGUUCAACCGGAAGCAGCACUAAAUACGAGUGGUCAGAAUGGGCGCCUUGGACGAGUUGUACUGCGACUUGCGACGGUGGACUGAUGUACAGAUCGAGAAAAUGCAACGAGAAGUCGAAAACGAUCGAAGUCACUUCAAAUUAUUCAAAAUGUCCUGGCGCCAAGAAGCAACAAAAAGCUUGCAACCGAAAAGCUUGUCCUUACGAAACAACAAUGAUUCCAACGACCGUCUACACUCCAGGAAAAUGGGGAGAAUGGACAAACUGGUCAACUUGCUCGAAAACCUGUGGGGGUGGUAUUUCUACUCGAAAACGAUCAUGUAUUACGUCGAAAUACGGUCAGCAGUGUUAUGGCCACAGUAAGCAAAAAAGAGUUUGCAAUCGAAAAUCGUGCCGCGUUUACACCACAGAGCCGCCAACAACAACGACGACUCCUGGUUAUGGAAGAUGGACGAACUGGUCAUCUUGGUCGCAGUGUUCUACCUCCUGUGGAAGAGGAAUGCGAGAAAGAACUAGAAAAUGCAAAAAGUCGAGCUACAACGAUAGAGAUUGCUACGGGCGAAAAACUGACCGAGAAGCUUGCAACAAGUACACCUUCUGCUCCACAACAUCGACAACGACAACUACAACGACAGUGCCAGCUCCGUAUUGGACAAAGUGGUCGUCCUGGUCGUCCUGCUCGAAGACUUGCGGAUAUGGACAAAAGACUAGAAAACGCCAUUGCAUCGAUGCCUAUGGCUCCGGCGAAAGCUGCUACGGGAAGAAAACUCAAACUCGAUAUUGCAGCGCCAUUCCCUGCACAACAACAUACACUUCCACUACAACCGCGUAUUCGGAGUGGUCUUAUUGGUCCAAAUGGUCGACUUGCACAAAAACAUGCGGAGUCGGUAGCCGAUCCCGAACUCGCUACUGCAAGGGCUCGUACUGCGCAGGUCCCAAGAAUCAACAACAAAAAUGCGGCUGGCGAAUGUGCCCGACUUAUCCUCCAGAAACAACGACCACGGAAGAUCCUUACAAGCCGCCAAGUGCUGCUGAUUACACGAAAUGGUCAUCCUGGUCGACUUGUUCAAAACCUUGCAAUGGUGGAACUCAGUAUCGAACACGAAAAUGCAAGUCCGGUUACUGCUAUGAUAAUUUGAGGCAAAACCGAGCUUGCAAUAGAAAACCAUGCACGACGACAUCCACUACAACUACAACAACAACAACCACAACCUAUCGAGACAGCUGGGGUGCGUGGGGAGCGUGGGGCGAGUGCAUCAAGACUGCUUACGGCGGAGUCAGAUACCGAGAGCGCAAGUGCGAGGGAUAUUCAAAUCGCUGCUACGGAAAGAAAAAGCAGAAAGGAAACUGCUACCCAGUUACUACUACAACUUCGACCACAACAACGACGACACCGUACAAAUCCGAGUGGUCUCAAUGGUCAGCUUGGUCAAAGUGCUCAAAAACUUGCGGAGGCGGAAUUUCGGAGCGAACAAGAAAAUGCGUCAAUAAUUAUUCCUCAGUCAAAAAUUGCUAUGGUCAAAAUCGUCAAACAAGGGCCUGCAAUCGUAAAAAAUGCGGAUACUACACCACUCCUGCGCCAACAACGGAAUAUCCAGCGAAAUGCGAGACGAAAUGGACAGAAUGGGGCGAGUGGGGAGCCUGUUCGAAGACAUGCGGAUAUGGCCGCGCCGUCAGAACACGAAAAUGCCCUGUCGAUUGUUAUGACAACACUCCUUGUCCUGGCUCUAGCCAACAGAAGAAAACCUGCGUCCUUGACCAAAACUGUUACAAAACAACUACCACGACUACGACGACAACAACAACCACAACUACUUAUGAAAAACCAUGUGUUGGGGAGUGGUCCCAUUGGUCCGAAUGGGGCGCUUGUUCCGCUUCAUGCGAUGGGGGUAUUAUGGAGAAAAUAAGGGUCUGUGAAGAGACAGAAGAAUACGGCCGAUGGAACCCAAGUUACAGAAAAAGAAGGUCGAUUCAUGAGGACUUCCCUCAUGGCCCUCAUGAGCCAACCAAUCCACCGACCAGGCCACCAACGAAUCCUCCCACUAACCCUGGCACAAAGCCUCCAACUGGACCAACAGCUCUCCCAGUUCAUCCGACUCAACCUUCCAAGUGCAAAUGCAAAGGUUCUCCUGUUGCAAAGAAAAAGUGCAAUAAAGAAAAGUGCGAUAACUUUUCUUACGUAAACAACGGUAAACCAGCUUGGGGACAAUGGGGAGCAUGGACAAAAUGCUCUGUCACUUGUGGCAAUGGAAGUAUCUCUAGAACUCGAGAAUGUAUUGAAUACGGAAAACCAGUUGACCCAUCAAAAUGCGGCGACGAAGAUCUCUACUUUGAAUCCAAAGAGUGCGAAACUGGAAAACAAUGCUACGGAAACAUGUUUGGUUGGGCAGAGUGGGGCGAGUGGACCAAAUGCUCAAAGACUUGUAAUGGAGGAUCCAGAACGAGAACUCGAAAGUGCAAUACUUAUAACUGUCCUGGAAAAGAUACGGAAACGGAAAAAUGCAGCGAAUAUGAGUGUGAAGACCUUUACGAAUAUGACAGCGAAACUGGAUGGUCAAAAUGGGGAGAAUGGGGAGCUUGCACGACAACAUGUGGAAAAGGAUACCGUGAGCGUCGAAGAACCUGCACAAACGAGUACUCAACCUGCCCCGGCAAGCCAUAUCAACGAGAACAAUGCAAAAAGCGAGAAUGCGAAGGCGAAUAUGGCGGAUACGGCUACCACGCUACGGACGUCUACAAGUCCACGUGUCCCUGGACAGACGACUCGAAACCCGAUUGCAAGAGUGGUUACUGCUCCAUGCGAUUCGCAAGCCCUUGCCUCCAGAAGCUCUUCAAUGAUCAUUAUAUUGACAUUUGCGAGUGGCAGGAAGCAACUGGCUUGAUGAAAAUGAUCGUUGAGUUCUUGAAGCCGCUCGGAAUUACUGCCGAACAAGUUUACGGAAAAUGUGAGCAUGGAUUUAUGCGAAGUGGAGCUGAUGAGCCAAUCAUUUCGAUCGACUUUGUCUUUGAUGAAGACAAAGCAGAGAUCAUCUAUCUAGAAUCCGACUUUGGCGAUGGACGCGAGGCAACUGAAAGCGGCAGCGGUGGACGAACUCUACCAAAAUGCUCGGCCGAAGCUGGUCUUCUCCCGUGCUCUUUGACGAAAUCGAAGAAAGUCACUGAUGAAGCAAGUCUUUUCUAUUACAUGAGGGACAUUAUCGCUCAUGUCAAACCGAGAUGCAACACCGAAUGGAACGUCAAGAUCGACGCGCUUCUUCAGCGGUUCAUGGGAGCUGUUAUCUGCGAUAGCUACAACCAAAACAACAACAACCAAAGCAAUCAGCAAGGUCAUCAGAACCAUAAUCAAAACAACAACAACAAUAACGGAAACAACCAUAACAAUCAUCAAGGCAAUAAUCAUAACAACGAUAACAACUAUCAAAAACCGCAAUAUAAUCAGCAAGGCGGUCAGAGUGGCCAAUAUUCCCAACAAAAUCAUCAAGGCGGAUAUAACAACCAACAAAAACCACAACAAUCCAGCCAGAAACCGCAGAUUUCUCAGCAAUCUCAGCAACACAACAACAAUCACCAGCAAUACAACCACAACAACAACUACACCCAAAACAACAAUGCCUACAAACCAAGCCAAACCAACUACAUCAACACCAGCUACAAUUCGAAUUAUAAUCCAAUGUGGGGAAUGUGGACUUCUUGGUCCAAAUGUCCGAAAUCUUGUGGAACCGGCUGGAUUGCUAGGAAACGCAAAUGCUUGAACGCCAUACCAGGCAAAAAGGGCUGUACCGGCAAAAACGAAGAGACCAAGAAGUGCAACGUCCAUGCAUGCCCAGAUUAUCGACCGAAAUGGGGACAGUGGAGUCACUGGAGCACAUGCUCAGCCACUUGCGAUAAAGGCAAACAAUAUAGAGAGCGUCAAUGCGUAACGAAUAACUACAGUAACAACAACUACGGCUCAAGCUGCCAAGGAAGCAAUUCUGAGUCCCGAACUUGUACCGCUUCUCAAACUUGCUACAACUACAGUAAUAAUAACAAUGGUUACAACUACAAGCCACAGGACAGCUGGGGAACAUGGGCGCCUUGGGGCAAAUGUACAGUCACCUGCGGCGAGGGCAAGCAAACGCGAUACCGAGAGUGCUACGGGGAGUAUUGUCCAGGAAUCAGAGCUGAAACGAAGAAAUGCUACGCUGGCGAUUGUUAUGGCUCAUCGGGAUAUUACAGACGAGCUGAAGGAGACUGGUCUGGUUGGUCUUUCUGGUCGCCUUGUUCAAAAACUUGCGAGGGUGGAAGUCGAACAAAACAGCGAGUUUGCCGCUCAGGUGCUUCUUGCCCAGGUGAAUCGGAAGUCACCGAAGAUUGCAAUGUCGGAGUCACCUGCGUCGCCACUUUUGGUUUUGCGAUGGGAGAUGAAGGAGGAAUGCAAAUGGACGCUUUCGGAGAUUUCAAGAAGCAGAAACCGGAAAUCGAGCAAUGCAUCGCUGAAUUCGCAGUCGAGUCUCAAGAUUAUUGCUCUUUCCGAGAAAUGACACUUGGAAUCGAGGAGGAAAUUGAGUCGCUGAAAGAAGCUUUUGUUUCUAUUGGACACUACGUUGACGAGUUCCGAGCUAGCUUUGAAGAACUCGCGAUUGAGCACCGCCGCCUUUCUGUCGACUCAUCUACCUGUAAGACUGAAUCGGAUCUGUAUUACAAAACGCAAGUCGGCGAAGAAUGCAAUCUCCGAUCGAACAAUCCCGGCGUUCUUUCCGAAUAUUUGAACAUUUUCCAGGACAACUUAAUUUCCUACCACUACUCUGCUUUCAUCAAUUGCGAAGUUUCAGAAAAACCACUUGACCUUUUCAAGAUAUUCGACACCAUCCGUCGACUUUCGUUCAACCUCAAAGAAGAUAUUGAAUAUCCACUAUUGAUUGUGAGCAAUAAUGGUUUUACAGGAGAAAGAGGUCUUGGAUGGCCAGUAUUUGAAGAAAGCGUCUUUGAAUCUGGAACCAACUCGAUUCCAUCAGGCCUCACCUGCGACAGGGACAACAAGUUCCAAUCCUACGGUGGUCUUAUCAAGGCCACAUCAAGCCUCAACAACCUCCAUCCCUGGCACACCGAGCUCAAGGUCACCUCCUUCGAUGGCUCUGUCCAUUUCUGCGGCGGUGUCAUCAUCGACGACGAGUUCAUCCUCACCACUACUGAGCAUUGCUGUCUCGGAAGCACCUCCUCCAUCGAAGCAAUGAUCGGUGGAGCAAAAUGGAUCGAAGGAGCGGACAGUUCUCGCGGCGAAUUUUACGUCAAGAGCAUUUUCGUCAAGCCAAGAAUUGAUACUUCCGAUGCUUGUUUGAUCAAAGUCCCGUCUUUGUCAAAAUCAAAGCCGGAGGAGUGCGAGGACUGCUUCGGAAAAGCUUGUUUGCCUCUUCGAUCACAGAGCCCAGAACAUGGCCAGUAUUGCUGGAUGAAGGGAUCAGAAAUGGACCCAAUGGCCAAGGUCGGAAUCAAUAUUUAUUCAGAAAGCUAUUGUUCCUUGAGCGGAUAUCUUCCGCCUGGCACAGUGGACUUUGAAAGCGAAUUCUGCGCUGGAGAAAUCGACUUGGACAAUGACGGAAUCUACGAAGCCGCCGAGGGAAUCUGCACCGCCGAUCGAGGAUCCCCUCUCAUUUGCGACUCUCCAGAAGGCACCGCGACGAUCUUCGGUCUUUUGUCGAAACAAACUGAUGUUUCAAGUUGCUCUUCGAGCUGUUUUUGUCGAUGUCUCGGCGAUUACUGA